AUGGCGACCGCUAGCACUCUCGAGAUGGAGCCAGCGACUCUCGAAGAUGUCGAAACUAUCACCGAAGUCUGGUUUUCAGCCUUCACAGACCCCAGCAUGCGACGCCUGUUUCCAGACACGCCCGGAUUCCGCCAAUGGCUCACCGAUGCCAACCGCAGCGAUAUGAUCAAUAAGCCGUUUCAAAAAUAUCUCAAGGUGGUCGAUACAGCAUCCACCGACGAGAAGGGCCGACCGCGUAUAGUUUCGUAUGCGAAAUGGGAUACGGCCACUCUUGAGGAGCGGGGCCGUCGCUAUCCACCUUGGCAUGCAGAUUCGCCUGCAGACGAAUGCGAGGCCUUUUUCAUCGAAAUGGAAAAGGUUCGGAGACAAAUAAUGGGGGAUACCAGGCAUUACUAUCUUGACAUGCUCGGUACACACCCGGACUACAGAAAGCGAGGUGCAGGCAGCAUGCUUGUCAAAUGGGGUUGUGAUCUGGCCGAUCGUGAAGGGGUCGCAGCGUAUGUGGAUGCCAGUUCGAAUGGGGCUCCCUUGUAUGAGAGGUUCGGGUUUGUGGGCAACAGCGCGUCUAAUCCCAUGCUGGACGGUAUCGUUACCCCGAUGGUGCGGAAGUAG